UCGGCCACCGUAGGCACUUCCGGCGGGCGCUCCGUCUUCCUCCAAAAUGGCGACCGAGGCGAAACGGGCCAAGCGGAGGGAGGCAAGUCCAGAGGCGUCGCCGGAGGCCCUGUCGUCCUUCCUGGGCUGGUGCUCGGAGCAGGGCCUGGAGCUGAGCGGGAAGGUCUGUGUCAGCAGAGAAGGCACCGCGGCGGAUUAUGGCCUCUUGGCGCAAGAAGACCUGGAGGCCGGGGAGGUCCUCUUCAGCGUCCCAAGGACAGCCCUCCUCUCGCAGCACACCAGCCCCUUGGCCCCGCUCUUGGAGAAAGAACAAGCCUCCCUGGAGAGCCAGUCUGGCUGGGUUCCCCUUCUGCUUUCUCUGCUGCAUGAAUCCACAGCCAGCAAUUCGCACUGGGCACCUUACCUAUCCCUCUGGCCCAAUUUCACCAAUCUGGAUCACCCCAUGUUUUGGAGCAGCGAAGAGCGGAAGAGGCUGCUGCAAGGGACUGGGGUUCCUGAGGCUGUGGACAGAGACCUGGCCAGCAUCCAGAAGGAGCAUUCCUCUAUCGUCCUGCCCUUCAUGAAGGUGCACCCAGAUCUCUUCAGCCCCAAGGCGCACAGCCUGGAGCUCUACAAGAGGCUGGUGGCAUUUGUCAUGGCAUACAGUUUCCAGGAACCCUUGGAUGAGGAAGAAGAAGAUGAGGAAGAGCCCAACCCUCCAGUGAUGGUGCCCCUGGCAGAUCUCUUGAAUCAUGUGGCAAAUCAUAACGCCAACUUGGAAUAUUCCUCGGAGUGCUUGAAAAUGGUUGCCACGCGGCCAAUCCGUAAAGGCCAAGAGGUCUUCAACACGUACGGACAGAUGGCCAACUGGCAGCUCCUUCACAUGUAUGGCUUUGCUGAACCAUAUCCUGGCAACACGAACGAUGCGGCUGACAUCCAGAUGUUGACUCUGCUCAAGGCUGCGCUGCAAGGUCAGUCAUUCUCUGGAAGAGCCCCUUAUUUAGCGUUGCUCUUUGAGCAAGUGGACCUCUGAGAAAGCAUGCCUUUC